AUGUUAGGCAUUAUAUCAGGUAUUGCUGCUACAACUGUUGUAAUUUUACUUUUAAGAUGCCGGAGGAAGGAUGCAGUUUCAAGAAAUGUUGACUUAUUGCCGGUGGUAGUGCCAAGAAGGAUUUCAUAUUAUGAACUUGUUCAAGCAACUAUUGCCUAUGAUGAAAGCAAUUUAAUUGGCAAAGGGAGUUUUGGAUCUGUAUAUAAAGGUAUUCUAGCGGAUGGGACAGUGGUAGCUGUGAAAGUUUUCACUUUUCUAACCGAAGUCACUUCUAGGAGUUUCGAUGCGGAAUGUCAAGUCCUACGUAACCUUCGGCAUAGAAACCUAACCAAAGUGAUUGGCAGUUGCUCUAACCUGGAAUUCAAAGCCUUAGUGCUAGCAUAUAUGCCCAACGGGAGCCUUGAGAAAUGGUUGUACUCCCACAACCUUUGCUUGGAUCUGCUGCAAAGAACAAGCAUAAUGACGGAUGUUGCUUCUGCAUUGGAAUACCUGCAUUUUGGUUAUACAACACCUGUGGUUCACUGUGAUCUGAAACCUAGCAACACAUUACUUGACGAAAACAUGGUUGCUCAUGUAAGUGAUUUUGGUAUAGCAAAGAUUUUGGAUGAAGAAAAUAGUGCCAUGCAUACCCAGACUCUUGCAACGCUUGGAUACAUGGCACCAGAGUAUGGAGUUGAAGGGCAGGUGUCAAUAAGAAUUGAUGCGUAUAGUUUUGGCAUACUUCUGAUGGAAACAUUUUCAAGAAUGAAGCCUAGUGAUGAAAUGUUCAAAGAUGAUUUGAGCCUGAAGAGUUGGAUAGAAGAAUCUCUGCCUAAUGCAACAAUUCAGAUUAUAGAUGCCAACUUACUCAGGCAACAAGAUGAGCAUUUCAAUGAGAAAUUGCAGUGUGUUUCAAUGAUCUUCAAAUUGGCUUUAAGUUGCUGCACUGAAUGCCCACAAGAUCGAACUAACAUGAAAGAUGUUGUGGCAGUACUCAAGAAGAUAAGACGUCACCUUGCCACUUUCUCGGACAACUCAAGAUCGAACUAG